GCGGGGACGUUCAAGGCCAGCCAGGGCGCGGGGGUCUGCGUGCCAUGCCCUUCCAACAGCCGCUCCACUGCCGAGGCCUCACCGGUCUGCAUGUGCCGCAAUGGCUACUACCGGGCGGAUUUCGACCUGCCAUCAGCUGCUUGCACCAGCGUCCCAUCUGGCCCCCGCAACGUCAUCUCCAUCGUUAACGAGACGUCCAUCAUCCUGGAGUGGCACCCGCCACGAGAGACGGGUGGUCGGGAUGAUGUCACCUACAACAUCGUCUGCAAGAAGUGCCGGUCGGACAGACGCGCCUGUUCCCGCUGUGACGACAAUGUGGACUUUGUCCCCCGGCAGCUGGGGCUGACGGAGACCCGGGUCUUCAUUAGCAACCUGUGGGCACACACGCCUUACACCUUUGAGAUCCAGGCUGUCAACGGGGUUUCCAACAAGAGCCCCUUCCCACCGCAGCAUGUCUCUGUCAACAUCACUACCAACCAAGCUGCACCCUCCACCGUCCCCAUCAUGCACCAGGUGAGCGCCACGAUGAGGAGCAUCACGCUUUCCUGGCCUCAGCCCGAGCAGCCCAAUGGCAUCAUCCUGGACUACGAGAUCCGCUACUACGAGAAGGUGAGCCGCAUCUGCACGCCUGACAUCAGCAGCACCGUGGGCUCCAGGCCAGCAGCGGACCACAACGAAUACAACUCCUCCAUGGCCCGCAGCCAGACCAACACGGCCAGGAUCGAGGGGCUGCGACCCGGCAUGGUGUAUGUGGUGCAGGUGCGAGCCCGCACCGUGGCUGGCUACGGCAAGUACAGCGGGAAGAUGUGCUUCCAGACGCUGACGGACGAUGACUACAAGUCAGAGCUGAGAGAGCAGCUGCCUUUGAUCGCGGGGUCCGCAGCGGCUGGGGUGGUCUUCAUUGUCUCGCUGGUGGCCAUUUCCAUUGUCUGCAGCAGGAAGCGCGCCUACAGCAAGGAGGCAGUGUACAGCGAUAAAUUACAGCACUACAGCACUGGCCGAGGGUCUCCAGGCAUGAAGAUCUACAUUGACCCCUUCACUUAUGAGGACCCCAACGAGGCAGUCCGAGAGUUUGCCAAGGAGAUUGACGUAUCCUUUGUGAAGAUUGAAGAAGUCAUUGGAGCAGGGGAGUUUGGAGAAGUGUAUAAAGGACGCCUGAAGUUGCCUGGCAAGCGGGAGAUCUAUGUGGCCAUCAAAACGCUCAAAGCCGGCUACUCUGAGAAGCAGCGCCGGGAUUUUCUGAGUGAGGCCAGCAUCAUGGGGCAGUUCGACCACCCCAACAUCAUUCGGCUGGAAGGGGUGGUGACCAAAAGCCGACCGGUCAUGAUCAUCACAGAGUUCAUGGAGAAUGGGGCCCUGGACUCGUUCCUGCGGCAAAAUGAUGGGCAGUUCACAGUGAUCCAGCUGGUGGGGAUGCUCAGAGGAAUUGCUGCCGGGAUGAAGUACCUUGCAGAGAUGAAUUACGUGCACCGAGAUCUGGCUGCCAGGAACAUCCUGGUCAACAGCAACCUGGUGUGCAAAGUGUCAGACUUUGGCCUCUCGCGCUACCUGCAGGACGAUACUUCUGACCCCACCUACACCAGCUCCUUGGGGGGGAAGAUCCCCGUCAGGUGGACGGCGCCGGAGGCCAUCGCCUACCGCAAGUUCACCUCGGCCAGCGAUGUCUGGAGCUACGGCAUCGUCAUGUGGGAAGUGAUGUCGUUCGGAGAGAGGCCCUACUGGGACAUGUCCAACCAAGACGUCAUCAAUGCGAUCGAGCAGGAUUACCGGCUCCCGCCGCCCAUGGACUGUCCCGCUGCCCUGCACCAGCUGAUGCUGGACUGCUGGCAGAAGGACCGCAACACCCGCCCGCGCUUCACCGAGAUAGUCAACACCCUUGAUAAAAUGAUCCGCAACCCGGCAAGCCUCAAAACUGUGGCUACCAUCACCGCUGUGCCUUCUCAGCCCCUCCUCGACCGCUCCAUCCCCGACUUCACUGCCUUUACCUCAGUAGACGACUGGCUGAGCGCUGUGAAGAUGAGCCAGUACAGGGACAGCUUCCUGACGGCUGGCUUCACCUCCCUGCAGCUCGUUGCCCAGAUGACAUCCGAAGACCUCCUGAGAAUAGGGGUGACUUUGGCUGGGCACCAGAAGAAGAUCCUGAACAGCAUCCAGUCCAUGCGAGUACAGAUGAGUCAGUCUCCAACCUCAAUGGCAUGACGUCUCUCGUUCGAUGGGGAGGGGACGGGGAGGGCACACAGCGAGGGGCAGAGGUGGGAGGGGAGGAACUGACAGGCGCUGCGGGGCAGCAUUUGGAGAGGUACCGCCGCUGCCUGGGGACUGUGACUGCAGAUGAAGGAUGUUCCUGGGACUCAUCUCUAACUGGUGACUUCCGUUCCUCACCAACAGAAGCACACUUACCAAUGUCAUGGGGAACGGCGUAUAAAUACAUAUAAAUAUGUACAAAUCAUAUAUUUAAAAAACAAAACAAAACAAAAAA